GUUCUUACGCAGACUCCAUUGACUCCAUUUUCAGCAAGCGCACUUUCUCGGAAGAUUUGCGGAUGGCUUGUUUACACCUCUAGUCUAGUCUAGUUCUGCAACGUGUGUGUGUUCUAUUGAGUAGUUUCCCCUUGCCCUUCGAAACUUCAAUUUCGCCACAAUGGCGGACGAUAUAAAACUUGACAUAGACUGGGGUACAGACAAAUUGAACAGAGCCCAGCAAACCAUUAUAGAUAGCCCCUAUGAUCUCGAAGCCUGGAGUCUACUUAUUAGAGAAUCGCAGUCAAGAUGGAUCAACGAUGUUCGACCUUUAUUUGAAAGACUUGUCUCAGUAUUUCCCAGCUCUGGACGGUACUGGAAAACAUACAUUGAACAAGAAAUGAAAGCCAGGAAUUUUGAGAAAGUGGAAAAGUUGUUUCAAAGAUGUCUCAUGAAAGUCCUCAAUAUUGAUCUGUGGAAGCUGUACCUUACUUAUGUUAAGGAAACCAAAGCUUCCCUCUCUUCAUACAAGGAGAAAAUGGCUCAAGCCUAUGAUUUUGCUCUCGAAAAAAUUGGAAUGGAUAUCCAGUCAUAUGCUAUAUGGAGUGACUAUGUGAACUUUUUGAAGGGUGUAGAUGCAGUGGGCUCAUAUGCGGAAAACCAAAAAAUUAGUGCAGUUCGUAAAGUAUACCAGAGAGGUGUUGUUAAUCCAAUGGUAAACAUAGAGCAGCUGUGGAAAGACUACAUGGCAUUUGAACAAGCUAUAAAUCCAAUAAUUGCAGAAAAAAUGGGUAUGGAACGGUCCAAAGACUACAUGAAUGCAAGACGUGUGGCAAAAGAACUGGAAGCAGUUACUCGUGGUUUGAAUAGAAAUAUUCCAAGUGUGCCCCCUAUGGGAACAUUAGAAGAGUUGCGACAGGUUGACUUGUGGAAAAAGUAUAUUGCGUGGGAGAAAAGCAAUCCAUUGCGAUCAGAAGAUACUUCUCUGGUAACUAGGCGAGUUAUGUUUGCCUUUGAACAGUGUUUGCUGUGCUUAGGACAUCAUGCAGAUGUUUGGUAUGAAGCAGCUCAGUUUCUUGAUCAGAGCUCCAAAAUUCUAACAGAAAAAGGAGAUGUAACAGCAGCCAAGCUUUUCUCUGAUGAGGCGGGAACAGUUUUUGAAAGAGCAACCAGUACACUUCUCAAGAGCAAUAUGCUUUUAUACUUUGCAUAUGCUGACUUUGAAGAGGGAAGAAUGAAAUAUGAAAAAGUGCAUCAAAUAUAUGAAAAGUUUUUAGAAAUGGAAGAUAUUGACCCAACCUUGGCAUACAUUCAAUACAUGAAAUUUGCCAGAAGAGCGGAGGGAAUUAAAUCAGCCAGGACAGUAUUCAAGAGGGCUCGGGAAGAUGCAAGAUCACGCUUUCAAGUGUAUGUAGCGGCUGCACUUAUGGAAUAUUACAGCAGCAAAGACAAAAAUAUAGCCUUUAGAAUUUUUGAGCUGGGUUUGAAGAAGUUCCCUGACAACCCAGAUUAUGUCUUGUGUUACAUUGACUAUCUCUCACAUCUUAAUGAGGACAACAACACAAGGGUCUUAUUUGAAAGAGUCUUAUCAUCUGGAAGCUUAGAACCAGAGAAAUCUGUGGAAAUAUGGAACAGAUUUCUAGAAUUUGAGUCAAAUAUUGGCGAUUUAGCUAGUAUUGUGAAGGUGGAAAGAAGAAGAUCUGCUGUGUUGGAGAGUAUCAAAGAAUUUGAGGGAAAAGAAACAGCUCAACUGGUUGACCGAUACAAAUUCCUUGACUUGUUUCCAUGUACAGCUUCAGAACUGAAAUCAAUAGGAUACAAUAUUGUGACUUCAUCAAAGAUUUACCAUUCAGCAUCUGCUGAUGCAGAUGAUGAACCUACUAUACCAAAACCAGAUCUAUCACAAAUGGUUCCAUUCAAGCCAAAAGCCAAAACAAUUCCUGGUGAUCAUCCAGUUACCGGAGGUGUCUUUCCAUACCCACCAGCAGUUGCACAAUUGUGCUCUGCCUUAUGUCCACCUGAGUGUUUCCAUGGUCCGUUUGUGGGGGUUGAUACUUUAAUGGAACAAAUAUUAAGAUUAGAUAUCCAAUGUCCAUCUCCUUCAGGAGACAAUGGUUAUGAUGUCAAACUUUUUGACGUUGCCAAAAGCAUCCAGUACAUUAAUGGUGAUGGAAACGGAGGCGACGGUUAUGUUAUUAAAAGGAAAAAGCGCCUUGGUGAUGAUAGUGAUGAUGAUGACUCUGGAAUUGCUCCCCCAGCAAAUGAUAUUUACAGGCAACGUCAACAAAAAAGAGUGAAAUGAUACCAACUGAGUUUCCAAAUAGUACCAGACUGUCAGAUAAAGGAAAAGUUUUAUUUUCCUGGGUUCCUUGUGCGUGCCUUACUUUUUCACAAAUUUUGCUUUUGAUCAGUUCUUGUUUAGGAGCUGCUAGUUUGUCAUUUGCACGUGAAAUUUUGCACUCAAGAUGGUUGUUAAAAUUAAGUGAUUAUCUUUACAUCCUAGCAAGUACCUUGUUUUUAUAUUUCUAAAUUUUUGACCUUUGCUAGGACUUGUAUGAGUUUUUUGUUUUUGUUCUGGAUAAUAUCUUAGCAAGAAUUACCUGUCAAAUCACUUUGGUUCUUGAAAGAAUUUUUAAAUUUCAAAAUGGUGUCAGUACAACUACUAUGCACCAAUAACUCAUUAUACCAUAAUAUAGUUAUAUUUUAUUUAGUAUGCUGCUGCUUCAAACAUUCCAAGAUUUUUCAAUACUGCCUUGAAGGAGAGUUUUUCCUUCCAUUAAUCUCCCUUUUCUGUAUUUUGUUGACUGUGAAAAAUCAAUUUUUGUAGGAGUUAUUGGUCAGAAAGUUACAAUCAAUCUAGAAAUUAUGCUGCCUCUGUAAUUUAACAUAUACAUAUAUAUUUGAAAAAGUGCAUGUUUCACUGGAUGGAUUUGCCUGGUUUUCUUGUGAUUUUUACAAGUUUUCAAAUGACAGUCUCACAUCACCACAUAGAACUUAAGUUUUAUGAUCUGUACAUAACAAUGUAAUUAGAAAUAGAAAGAAAUUAUUUGUGUAAAUAAAAUGACUGUUUUACAUGA